CCUUGCAAAAACAGUCCUAAUCUCUCUCUCUCUCUCUUAACAGAGGCUGUUCCUUACCUACUCGCAUUAAUAAGUUACCUUACUUUCUCUACCCCUCAUCACACUUUCCGGGAAAAUCAAGAGCCCGAGAAAAUCAGAGAAGGAAAAAAAGGGAAAGAAAAACGACGGAAAACCUCAUGAGGGCUCCGAAGAGGCCGAUCCACACCGUAUCGACAUGGGUUCGACGCCAGCCGCCGAAAGUGAAGGCCUUUCUGGCCGUCGUAACGGGCAUGGCGGCUCUGGUCGUGCUCCGAUUUAUCGUUCACGAUCACGAUAACCUCUUUGUUGCAGCUGAGGCUGUGCACUCAAUUGGAAUCAUGGUCCUAAUCUACAAGCUCACGAAGGAGAAGACUUGUGCUGGGUUAUCACUCAAGUCCCAGGAGUUAACAGCUAUGUUUUUAGCUGUGAGAUUGUAUUGCAGUUUUGUGAUGGAAUAUGAUAUACACACCCUGCUUGAUUUAGCUACGCUGGUGACGACCCUCUGGGUUAUUUAUAUGAUCCGCUUCAACUUAAAGUCUAGUUACAUGGAGGACAAAGACAAUUUUGCAAUAUACUAUGUCGUGGUACCAUGUGCUCUAUUAGCUUUGUUCAUUCAUCCAUCAACGUCUCAUCAUUUAUUGAACAGGAUUUCCUGGGCAUUUUGUGUGUAUCUGGAAGCUGUUUCCGUACUGCCCCAGUUGCGCGUCAUGCAGAACACAAAGAUUGUUGAGCCAUUCACAGCUCAUUAUGUGUUUGCACUGGGUGUCGCAAGGUUCCUCAGCUGUGCCCAUUGGGUUCUCCAGGUAUUAGAUACUCGCGGACACUUGCUUGUAGCCUUGGGCUAUGGGUUAUGGCCUUCUAUGGUUCUUAUUUCAGAAAUUGUUCAGACUUUCAUAUUAGCAGACUUCUGUUACUACUUUGUCAAAAGUGUUUUUGGAGGGCAGCUAGUCCUCCGUCUCCCUUCUGGAGUUGUAUGAGUUCACUCCAGUUCUGCUGUGAUCUGCAAGCGCACUGCCAUCAAGACAAGACUUAGCUAGGCAUGUGGCUGGUCACUGUUGUUUAAGUUCCCCUUUUUGCUCUCCACAAGGUUCUAGUUCUCUCUUUUAAUGAAAAAAAAAAAUCAUGACUGGGAAUGAAGUGGGUUGUUUGUAAAGUUGGAGAUGGAGUGAAUUUAAUUUAUAUUUAUAAUUUAGACA